UGGCAACGGCGCACUGGUCUGAAGUUAACAGUAUUUUAGUUCAAUGGUUGUUCCCGUGUUGAUAAGUUGGGUUUGAUGUUGUGCAAAAAUGUGGUGUUCAACAAAUUGGACUUUAAGCAGUAGGAUAAUCCACAAAACAAAUCAUGACCGAUCCACGUGCUGAAGAUGGAAAUUAUUUGGUGCGCGUUCGAGCGCAGGUGAUGUCGAGGGAUGACAGCUCGGGUGGAUGGGUUCCGUUGGGCGGCGGGGGGCUCAGCAACGUUUCGGUACGGAAAAGGCCGCGACCCACCCCGUCGGCUGGGCCCGGGGGAGGGGGGCCGUUACCCCCCGACGCCCAACCCACCAAACCCAAACACGAUUACCUCAUUUACGGCAAGAGAAUAAGUGAUAAUUCGAUUGUUUUGAGUUGCACGAUAAAGAAGGAUUUCGAGUACAAUAAGGUGAUGCCAACUUUUCACCACUGGAAGACCGGCGACAAAAAAUACGGUUUGACGUUUCAAGCUGCUGCUGACGCACGCGCCUUUGACAAGGGAGUGAAGACUGCUAUUCAGGAUCUGCUGGACGGUUUUGCGGAUACCUCUCCUGUAUCACCUAUGCCGAAAUGUCCGAAAGAUGUGGGAGAUGAUGACGUUUUCAUGACGUUAAACCUUCCACAGGACCCAAAAGACUCUCGAAGUUCGAGCGACUCCAGUACCAAAGGAACAGAACACCUCCACAAAGUAACAUACAUAGGACGUGAUAGCAAACCGUUAGAUUCUAGGCUACCUACUUACGACCCUCAAAAAGGACCUAAAGACGUUUCUGCCCAAGGGGUUGGAGGUGGAAGCGAAAAUUACCCCUAUGUUCAGCUGACGGCAGUCCACGAAUAUAUUUACCCUGCCGAGGACCAACAGAAACCACCGCUCAUGAGGCGCGACUCAAACUCGAGCCUUAAAAAAUCCAACAUUGGUGUAGAGAUGAACCCACCUCAGCAACCUCCGUUGCCUUUCAAGGGUGUCAAACACAAGGGAAAGAUACAAAUCAGGUGUCGUCACUGUCACGAAUAUUAUACGGAAGACAAAAACCCUCGCGGUGCGUGCGAGUACGCUCCCGAUGUCAUCAAAACGGCCAUCAACCGAAUAACGUGCUUGGGAUGUGCGGAGGGUAUAGACUACCAUUGCGCCUCGGACGAAGAAGGUGACUUUGCGCAACAUCCAUGUGACUGUAGUGACGAGAACUGUGCGAAACGGUGGUUCUGUUUGACGUUUCUAUCGAUUUUGGUGCCCUGUCUCUGGUUGUACCCGCCUCUUAAGAUGUGCCACUGGUGUGGGGUGAAGUGUGGGAUGUGCGGGGGUAGACACAGUAUGUGAUCUAUGAAUCAUAUUUUACGAUAUUAGGCUCUAAGGUUUGUUGACGCAGGUCUCUAUAUUUUUAUUCGGUUUAUUUUAUUGACAAGAUUGCCAAUACUGCAAAAUGACAAAUUACUGUGACUGAUUUCUGUCAAGACAUAUUUAUCUAGUCAUUUUAUAAUUAUAUUUUUAAAAAAUUUUCAAUGUUUCGUUUAAAACAAUUCAACAUUUAUCACAGACCCAUGAAAUAUAAUAAAUUAUCGUCAGCAUUGAUAAAUGAUCGUAAGACUUCAUUUGCUCUCUUUGUAUCCUUUUACUACAGCUUAUAAUAUAAUUGCUAGAUAGGUACAAUCUGUCAAUUUGAACAGGUACCACCCUCUAUAUUUUGGUUCCUAUAGUAUAAAAAAUCUAAAAAUAUGCAAAGACAUGUCAAAUUUAUUUGUGAGGGGGACAUUUUGUAGACCAGUUUUCAACUAAAUUACAUCAACAUCCAAAAGUACUGAAAAGAAAUAUAAUGUAUGUGGUAUCAGUCAACCCCCUUUCCAUUAAAAAUUUUGGGGGUUGUGUCCGCUCCUGCUAGAGGGUUGACGUAAUUUAGUUGAAAACUGGUCUACAAAAUGUCCUCCUCACAAAUAAAUUUGAAGUGUUUUUUGCAUAUUUUUAGACCAAAUUAUAGAGACCUUUUCAAACUAACGCACUGUAUACAUUGGUUCCACAUGAUUUCAUCUAGUUUACUAUUCGUCUUAUGCCUAUGCCCAUCAGUUUCUAUUUUAUUCAUUUAACAUAUUCGCGGCCAUGACUGCAUAUGCAGACACUUACAAAGGGAAAUGACUGUCUGCAUAUGCAGUCGUGUCUGCCAAUGGGUUAAUAUAUUUAUUAUGACAUAUGACAUAAACGUUAAUGAAUUCCAUAAAAUCAUUUUUCAUGCCGCAUACAUGUCCUUUGUUUUUGUAUUCAAUACAUAAUGUAGUUUUUGCGUUUUCCCUUUUGCGUUUUAUCAAAAUGUUAUACAAUUUUCUAAAUGCAAUGUACAUAAAUUCCAAUUUUUUGCAAUUAAAAAUAUAUGUAGAAUCUCACUGAGAAUUCCAGUCUCAAUAUAUUAUAAUAAAAGUAGGUACUUUAAAUACAAUAUUAUCUUCUUCUAGUUAUUAUAUUUUACGCUGUAGUAUAACCGAGAAGAGUAUUUUUUAUCUUAAAUAACCAUUGACAAAAUUGUCUUUAAUUUGGCAAUCCACCUUUAAUAAUAAAAAUGCAUUUUUAGAUUUUCGACUGUUUAGAUUUAGAGUUAUAAUUCAUUUUUUUUUAUUCGGUAACAAAAAAAUGCUCCUUUGUCAGUACAUAAUCACACAUAAUUGUCAUGUCAAAGUUACAAUAAUUUUUUUUAAGUUUAUGUUACAGAAGCAAAUGUUCCUUUAACAAAAUGAGAAAACGUCGAGUAGAGGAAGAAUCAUGUAAGGUUUUAUAUUGUUUUGAAUCAUUAUCUUCUACACAAAUCAAAUUUUAUUCAUGUCUCUUUCUCUGAAGGCUUUGCUCAAACAUAUUACUGAUAGCAGGUCUGAUGUUGUCAUUUAAAUGAAAUGUGAUUUUACUUUCCUUAUCAAUUUGGAUCUCUAAAUUUCUUCGUUCAUCGCCUCAACGCAAUUACAACUCGAUUGCGAUGCAACUAGCGCCAAUGAAUCGCAUCGUUUGUCUUUUGUCCAGCAACGCGACUGAUUUGCAAUCAGUUACAUUCAAGAUGUCGAGCAGUUCAGAUGACGAUGUCGUAGUAGUGGCCUGGUACAAAAGAAAAAUUAAAAGGAAACGAAAUUGGUGGACUCAUUCUUAUAUAGCAAACAAAAGAAAUAGACGCGAAGGAAUUGGAGAAGGACGAGAAGAGGUUUCGUUUAUUUUACCAAAUGUCGAGACCACUCUUCACUGAACUAGUAGAAAUACUUCAGUCAUAUAUAGCAAAAAGGGAUACAAAAUACAGGAAAACUGCCAGUGUAGAAGAAGAUUAUAAUUGUAGAAGCAGACAUGAUUUUCUAUUGCAUCUACUAAUUUAUAGCACAAGUCUUGUUCCAUCAUUAUACACGGUGUCCCCGAAAAUAGUGCGUUCCUUUAAGGUAUGAAUAUAAUACACAAUGUAGAACAAAAAAGUCCUAUAACAUUUUUUCUAAAGUUAACCGUUUCCAAAAAAAAAUUACAUUGUUCGCCAUAUAAGCGAACUUUUAUUUUCAUAAAAUUAACUAAUUUGGUAUCACUGUACAAGAACUGUUUGUGAUUUAGUUUAUUGACACCACAAGGUACACCUGCAAAAUAAUUGUACCACCCCAUGUUUGAAAAUCCAACAAAACAAGAAUUUGUUUGUUUGUUUAGGACGAAGACAGGAUUUAAUGUAAAUACUUAUGGCUAAAAUGCUACAACUAUUUUUGAAUUGUGAUUGUCUAUGUUUAGAUUUUUGUAUAUAUAGUUGUCAGAUUUCAAUUUGCAUACCAAAAUGUAUUUUGGUUUUUUAGCCAAACGGUUGCAUUUAGAAAAAAAUGUUAUAAGACUUUUUUGCUCUAGAUGGUGCCUUCUACCUAUACCUUUAAGGAACGCACUAUUUUCGGGGACACCCUGUAUAGUUAAUAUUGCCACAAAAUAAUCCCUUCAAAAUCCACAAAAUGUGCAUGCAACGGUUGUAUUGCGACUUACAUGCCAGUUGAAUCGUGGUCAGUUGCAUCAGUCAAUUAGUUUUACGCCGCAGUUGCAGUUGUGUUGGUGAGCGGACCUUGUACUAAAAGCACGUGUCCGACUCUUAGUUGACGGUGUAGCAACUAUAACGUGACUAUUUUUGCAGUCGAGUUGCAGUAGCGUUGCAGUGGUGGACAAAGAGCUUAAGUAUUUGUAGGCAAAUUAGUUUUUAUUAAUACUGACAAACUAGCUAUCGUUAUCGAUAGUAGUAAUAAUUUCUUUUCGAUCCAAUUUAAAUAAUAUCUUUAAAGCAUCUGUGAUUUACUAGUAAGCAUUUCAUAGUAAUAGAGAUUUUCUAUGAUUUUCCAUUUUCCUGGAAACUAUGGUACCUAAUAUCGUAAAAUACCUGCUUAACAAGUUCAGGGUUGUGAACAUUGUUAGAAGAAACUUACAUGUUAAGCUUAUCCAUGGAAAAAAUUAAAAGACUGUUUAUAUACUGCCCAAAAUAAUUAGGGAAACUCUUAUUUAGAUAUCAGCAACUGUACAUAAUACAGUUAAAUCCUGUAAAUUUAACUUAAGUACCAGUCAAAAUUCAAUUAAUAUCAAGUGAGCUUAUGAGCUAUAGACAAAUAAUGAUAACAAAUACCAAUAACUCAAAAGUAUCGUCAUUGAUAUGGUUGAAGUGUUUUUGUUAUGGUUUUUACAAAUUGAAUUUGUUUAAUUUAGUAAAAUUUACUUUUAUUGUGUCUAGUUCAAAAUUAACUGUUAGAUUUUCUUUUAAUCACAAGACACGUACCUAGGCAAAUGCUAACUGAAGUAGAGCAACAGCUCUAUAACCUAACAUAAGCUCUACUACAAAAAAUAAAUGAUAAUAAAUAUUUGGGAGAUGGUAACGUAAGAAGAAAAGAUCUACAACUCUUCUAAAAGCUUAUUUACUAACUAUCUACUUCAAUAAUUAUCGGUAUUAAGAACUGCUCAAAUUAUUUAUUCCUGUCUCUAUUUUUUGUAGUUCCUCCGAUAGCCAAUCAGUUUCUGGAUCCAGUAAUUUUUUUUUGUUUCAAACGGGGUGGCCGAAAAGUACCUAUACUGUAUUUAAUUCUUUUUGUUAUGUAACCCAAGGAAAAAAUAAUAACACAAUUUUGUUUGUGAGUUAUUUCUUAAUAAUUAUUUAUUUAUCUAAAACAUCGGUAUACACAACUUGACACGAUGCCAUGUUCUUAUGUUUAUCCGUCUCAUGUUCCGAGUCACUGACGUAAACGUUUGGCGAACUCAAGUCCCCAUUCGAAAAAUAUCUGUGCUUUCUAACCUCCUCUUUAAAGAGACCCCACAGUGCAUUGUCCGGCGUGGUCAAAUCUGGACUUAUUGUAGGCCAAGCCAUUGGUACAGGACAUUUUGGAGAACAUCCAAUACAUCGGUCCGGGAAGGUUUCAUUCACGCGGUUGCGGACAGUGAGAGUGAGAGCAAAAUAGGGUGGAGCUUGUUGAAAAUAAACAAUGUCGUCAGCAGUUCCCUGAGCUCUCAAUUGUGGUUCAUGCGCCGGAACGCCAACAAAAAUUGGCGCGAUGUUACGUCAACAUUAUUAUUAUUGCUGUAUAGGGACUUUCCGACCACCCUGUACAAUAUUAUAUCUAAACAAAACCUAUUCUUUACUUUCAGUUCUUUUGUGUACUUAUACAGGGUGUUUCAUUGAGAAACGGAAAUACUUUAAUGGUGAAUAGAGAUCACCGAGCCGGUUCUAGAUAUACUACAUUUUUUUGCCCUAUGCGGUUCCAAUGUGGUAAAUAAGUAUUGAUUAUUUUUAAAAUGAGUAUUUAUUCAUUAACUUUAAUAAUUUAUAACUAAAAGUUAAUAAUAUCUGCUUUUUAAUGUCAGAGUUCUUAAAAAAUUCAAUAUAAUUUCAAAAAGUCAUAAAAUUGUCUGGAAAUUGAAGCGAACUUACUUUUUUGUGCUCUUUUCAAAUAUACAAACAGAUUUUCAAAAUUUGAAUAUACAGGGUGUUGUUUUAAGGUCACAAUUACUUUAUAAUUUUUUGUUAAUUCGGACCUGGAUUUUUCUUAUGGUUAGUAUGUCGGUCGUUUGGGUUUUGAAUGAGACAUAUGUGUACCAAAUAUCAAAAAAAUAUACAGGGUGGUUCUAAAGUUAUGGCUUAGGAAAGAAAUGGGCAAAAUCGAUAAAACACCCUGUAACUCGGUUAUAAAAGUCGGUAGGGCAAAAAAUGUAGUAUAUCUAGAACCGGCUCGGUGACCUCUAUUCACCAUUAAAGUAUUUCUGUUUCCCAACGAAACACCCUGUAUAAUUAUUGUGUCAUAAAAAAUAGUUAAACUCAUGCCCAAGGGAUGGUACUGAACUAGAUUUUUGAACUGGUACGGAAUUUCUUGUUUGUUCUUGUUCUUUCUUACUUGCUCUCUGUGGGAACUCACAGUUAUUAACCAUCAAAGUUCAAAUCGUGGUUCAGUCAAUUUUCUAGGUUAUUUACCUAAUGUUUUUUUUCGAUGAUUUCGAUUUGACGAUGAUCUCGAUGUUUCGAUUUGACAUUAUAACUUCUUGAGUAACUAUAUUCAUUUUACUAUAUGUAUAGUAUAGUAUUUAUAUUGGAAAUUCAAGAAAUAAUAUAAAACAUAACUGGUCUUAAGUGGUCCAGUUGUACCCAUUUAAAACUCAGCCAAUAAGUAGCCUAAAUACUAUCUUAUGUUGAUCGCUAUUUAUUGCUACGUGUAAUUAAAAUUGAAAAUGAAUCAACAAAAUAGUGGUUUGUGUCGGUACAGUUUAUCUGGAUUUUGCUAUAAAAUAUUUGUUGAAUUGUAAAUAGUUGUUCCCCUAAUUAUUAAGUAGUAUAUUUGUUGAUUUUUAAAUGUAAAUUUGCGCUAAACUUUUUUAAUCAAAUUUAUUUAUUUUAUAAAAAAUUCGGGGGUAUCCCGAAUUACAGAAUUUAAUAUUGUUGAUGUGUUCCAAGUUCAAAGGUGUAAAAAUAUGACUAUCAUGCCAUUUUUGCCAUGUGUAUAUAUUUAUGUAAAAAAUUGAUCAUGUAUAUUUGCGUUUUUGUUCCUCAUUAAUCUUAUAAACUUACUGUAAAAAUCAAAAAUGUAAGAAAGGAUGCUAAUUAAAAUCAUCAAAAUGUUGGUACAAUAUGCAUGGUUAAGUUUUACCAGAGCAAACAAUUUUGGUCGUGUAAAGAAUUCGUUUACUUUUCGUGUCAACUGAUACAAAAUAUUUAAAUCAGUGGUACUAAAUAAGCCACAAUGGAAUAUUAUAAAAUGGUUUACUACAAAGUACCAAGUAAAACAAAUAACCUAUUGAAGCGGAAACUGGAAAAGUAUGGGACAACGUGAAGAUAACAGUACUAACAGUACUUAAUAAAGUACCAGCAUAAGUACUGAUCUGAUAUUUUGCUAUUCACUGGAAUUCUUGGAUUAUUUGGACUUUUAUUAAUUCCAAAAACUGACACAUUUUUGGGCUAAUUGAACAGAUACAACAUUGUAGUCACUCUAAAACUUUUUCAGAAUACAUUACUCAUUCAUUCAGAAUACAGAAUACUGUAUGUUUUUGUUGAACAAAAAUGUAACUUACAUAGUAACUUUUUACACGCUGUAAAUGUAACUAUACAGAGUAAAUUUACAAAAUGUAAAAAUCUGUAAUUGUAUAUAGAAUUGUAAAUCUUAUACGGAUUCAAACGGUAAAUAUGCUUAAUAUUUGAUGUAAAUUUACUUUGUAACAAUUCUAAAAAUGCCCAUAGUGAUGGUUUUACAUCAUUGUGCUGUUCGAUUAAAAGCUUUACAUAUAAUUUAUGUGUUGUUAACCAUUAAAAAUGCCAAUCUAUGUACUAUAUGUAAUAAAUAGGGAUGAUUCACAUUGAAGCGAGUUAUGUCUAAAAAUAUUGGUAAUAAUUAAUCUUUGCUCUGUAUAUUUUACAUUAUAAUAAAGCAUUAAAAGUAAUACAAAACGUUGUCACAAAUUUUAACAUAUAUCUUGUAAUUAAUUUCCAAAAUUCUACACUACAUUCAUCUCCAAGAAAAGCUGGAGGUCACACUGAUCGGUGGGUGUGUCAUGUUGUCGCAGCUUGUCAUUGGUUAGAAAUUAAUUUCAGACUCAAUCACGUGUCUGAAACAGUGAUCUUGUGCUUGUUUUGGGACUGAACUUUGUAUAGUUACCUGAUUAUUACAUGACUGUCUUGGAUUGUCACUGUGACGAGUGAUCAAGCCUCUUUACGAUGUCCUAAUGUUUAAUCCUUGUUAGAUUGAUAACAAAUUUGAACUGCUUAUCAUUUUUUUAUUUCCAAAAAAUCACAUUCGUUACUUUGCUUUUUGUAUUAAUCAAAGAUUUGUUUCGGUCCGAUGAUUCAAAGUAGCGAAUGUAUAACAGCGAAUAACUGUAUAAUCAAAUAAUGAAAAUCCGUUAAAAUGAAAUCAUAAACUGCCUCACAAGAAUUUCUUGGAAGCGAUACUGAAACAAAAUUUGCACAAAUUGUAAACACGUGCAUUUUAUUCUUCUCAGCAGUUUAGCAUUUUCGACAGUUUACAGAUUAUGAUUGAAUAACUGUUGAAUAAAUUACACCACAAAAUAACGAAUGUGACACAUUCGACAUUUAGCGUUGUACAAAUAUACAUUUAAUUAUAUUUAUACAAAACAAAAGUAUCGAAUACAUAUAACCAUUUUCGUCAGUUUGCAGUCAACCAAAUGAAAAAAUGUUCAUAUUCAAUGGUUUAAACAGCAUAUUUCCCGCGCUCCUAAUCAGGCUACAAUAACGAGAAUUUGCCACAAGAUGUAUCACGUAUAAUGCGAGGGCGAAUCUGAAAACCAGAUUUUUCACAUUCGAUAAUUGGAAAUGGUAGGGACGAUAUAUGGUCCAUUGCCAGAUAAUCUAGAAAGCGCACAGCUGUGGCAACCCCGCAAAUCGUUCACAGGCCAGAGUCGACUUCGGUUGAGUAAAAGAUAGUACUUUUAGUAGUUAGUUUUUAGUAAUACUUAAGAAAAUUAUAAAAAAGUUUAUAAGAUUACCAUUGGUAAUAGAUUACCAUAUUUCAAAAAUAUCGAUACAAAAUGCUUGUUUAGAAAAAAAAUACUACAACUAACAAUAUAUUGCAUUAUGUAUACAGUUGACUGUGGUACCUUUGUCAAAAAGUUUCUUUUAUAGCCUUGGAAGAAGGCAAUUACUCUUUUAGAUCUAUUAAUAAAUUCAGUUUCAACAUUAAAAAUGUUUUUAUAUUAAAACAGUUCGAAGCUUUAGAUCAUAAGAACUAAAGCCUUAUACUUGCACCAAGUUCUGGUAAAACAACCUGAAUUCGUGCUUUCUAAAACUUCCAAAGCAAACUACAUAUGAAUUAGAAGAAGACUAGGGGGAAUCUAAAAUUGUAGUUCACUGAUAGGGCCAAUGCAAACUAAAUGAAGGGUACACGGAAAAAACCGACUAAGUCCAUUUUUGUGGAAAUUGCAUUUUGUUACGUCAUCUUGAAGUAAAUUGCAGUUUGCAUCUUAUGAAACCUUUAAGCAAAGCAAUAACAAGUCUAGUCACGAGAAAAAGCCCAUAAAUAUAUGCCCAUACACGAGAAAAAUAAGCUAAGUCCACGUGGUACAGGAUAAUAACAAGCUAAGUCAAAAACGCGACGGCUUCCUUAUUUCGGUAUCAAUCAGACGGUCAGUCAUAACAACGCCACGUAAACAGAAUGUUAUUUUAUUUUCUUAAUCCGGAAAAUUAACAAAAUACUAUAAACAAAGCAAUUGUUUUUUUUUAUUGAACAGGGGAAAAAGCGGCUAAGUCACUACCCUUUAAGAUACAAUGCUGGAUUCCCAGGGCUGAAAUUAUUAUAACAAAGUUAAACUAUUCGCAGAAUGUGAAAAAUAUAGCUUCUUUUAUAGUUUUUUUGUUAGAAAUCUAAGACUCAAGCUAGCGACAAACAUAUAACGGACUAAAAGUUAAAAGAUCCAACAACUCAAAAUUGUUAAUCUGUGACUUAGCCGGUUUUUUCCGUGUAUCCUUCAAAUGUCAAUUUUCUUGACAACGUAGCCGCUCUUCAUGGCGGCGACCGCGAAAGGUAGUAUUGGGCACAUGCAAUUCUAGAGGAUUAUCGCUGUUAACUGCUGUGGAAUACUAAAGGAGGAUUUAUUUAUGAUAAUUCACAGAAUGGCAAACCGCUUGAAAUAUACAACCAUACUGAUUCUAACGUUUGAAGUAGCCUCAGUGAUUCUCAGUGUAGGUAAAAAUUCCAACGAGUCUUGGUUCCGUGUACUCAGGUAGGAGUAGUAGUAAUAGAAAAGGAAGACAGCUUAUAUUCCAAUUCUUUCAGAGAUGAGCGCCAUCCUCUUCGGUACGUUUCAUCCUCUUUGUGGAUCAUCGGAGAAGCUCUAUGGUCUGCUCUGAACGAAUAGAAAAGCAAGCUGUCUCCCAAUGCCGAAUUAAAACAAAUAAUUCGAUACAGACGCUUUAGCGACAUCUACGUAAAACAGUUCGAAGCUUUAGAUCCGAUGAACUAAAGACUUCUACUGGGACCAAGUUCUGGUAAAACAACCUGAAUUGGUGCUUUCUAAAACUUGCAACCAAACGAAUGAUGUAGAAGAAGACUAGGGGAAAUCCAAAAUUGCAUUGUACUACCUUUCUAUUCAGUGUUUAAUUCGAGUCUCGAUGUUUAAUUACCAUUGUCUUACACGUGUUUCUGGAUCUAGCUGUCAUCAAAGAGACUUGCAAAGUAUGCAUUUAGCGGCCUCUAAAGAGGAAAGACGAAGUAAGUGUCGACAGCGACUAAGGCAAAGUAAACCCAAGCGUAAUCACGUCAUUCAGAGCGAUGCUACGGAUAUUUAUAUUCUACUAAUACAUCAACAAUUUACCAUUGUAAUCACCUUCAGUUUUGUUCUCUUUUCGUCUAGUAACAACGUGGAGUAAGACAUACAAAUUUUUAUUUAUAGUCCAUAUUGAACGAGAUAUUGCACCGCUGCUACAGAACAACCGCAGAUUAAUAACCACUUUAGACGCGGUCGUUUAGAGUGAUUGUUAAGAUUUACUAUUGGUACACAGGUGGUAAUUGUUUUAAAAUGUGUCUAAAUGAUUUACUUUAUUUCAGAUGAUCAAAAAAGUUAAGAAUCCCUCUAUGUUGGACAAGCUACUUACUUCGAUCCAUAAACUUUAGUAAAAGUUAAAAUUGUCGCCCCUACCCAUUUCAUUUAUUUUUUAUCUCAAUUUCCAUCCGAUGUAUUUAUAUUUAGUUUUAAAAAUGGAUCAAUUACUUUAAAAUUAAAUUAAACUGCUAUGUAUGGUACAGUUGACUAAAUUUUUGUUUUUAAUGUUAAACAUCAUAGUCCUUUAAAUUAAAAUUAGGAAAAAAAUAAAAAAGAGAAUAUAUUGCCGAUUAUUACUACUAUUUUUAGACAAGUAUGAAAUUAUUCAGGUAGUUCUCGACAGAGGUGAUUGGAACUUGCUCCUGAGCAAGAGAUACCUACUGAAUUUCAAAGUAGGCUCUCCAGACUGUCGGUUCGACCAAUGGGUAGAACAAAAAUCACUAGUCGGUGUCAUUAUCUGGCAUUAGAUGACAUUUGUAAUCCUCUAAUCAUAAAUUCAAGAUUAUGGUAGGGGAACCCAAGCGGGGAUUUUGCGAGUUACUCGAGCGCGUCAGAAAAUAGCAUGGAGAGAUACCUUGUACCCUGUAAUGUACUCCUACCAUAUAUGGACUCUUAAUACAGGGGCGUGCGUUGAGGACAGUCACGUCAGAUUAUUAAAAAAAGCGCGUCAGAUUAAGAUUUAAGUACAUGAAGAACAGUAUAUAUUUCAAUAAUCUGACGAUUUCAGCGGGGCGUAAGUUGUACAACUUUGUGAUUCACCCAUUCCCUUACGCCCCGCUUAAAUAGUCAGAUUAUUGAAAUAUACACUUGUUAUGUACUUAACUUACCUUGUCUUAAUCUGACGUGCUCGAGUUUUUCUGAAGGUAGAUUUUACUUUUAUAAUCUGACGGACUGCCCUCAACGCACGUCCUUGUAUUAAAAGUCCAUAUAUGAUAGGGGUACAAGGUUUCUCCCCAUUUGAUUUUCUGAUGCGGUCGAGUAAUGCGCAAAAUCCCCGCUUGGGCCCCCUACUAAUAUGAACUGCCAUGCCACCAAAAUUAAAAUGUAAAUAUCAUGGUACAUAGUAAUGACAAUACAGAUUAAUAAAAAUCAUAAAAGCUAAAAUACCAAUAGAAGUUCAGUGUUUUAUAUUAAAUAUUGUAGUAUAAAAUUCGUCAUUUAUUCAUUUCAAAAUUUUGGAUAAGUAAUAACAAAAUCUUGCCCUCCCAUCAAACUGUAUUACGAAAUGUAUUUAUACAGAGUGUCACAGAAAGUUGCUACUUUUAUAUCAAACAUUUCCUUUGGCUUAUUUUUUAACCUAACCUAUCACUGGAUUUUUAAAAAGAAUAUACACAAGGCAAAUAACGCAAACAUUCAGUAUUCUGGAAGAUGUAGGUUUGGCAUGAAAUUAUAAAUUUUUCUAUAGUUCAAGAAAUUCACAUUUUUUUAUUGAUGUAUAUGAUAUAAUAUAUUAAUAUAAUAUAUAAUACUGUUUUAUAUAUUAUAUAAAAAGACUAAUAUUUGCAAAAUAAUAAUUAAGGGCUUUGGUCUUCCACGUUUUAAUUCUAACCAAAUUAUUUGCUAUUAUCACUGAAAUUUAUGUUUUUUAUGUAUUUAGUCUUGUUUUAUUGCAAUCAAUUAUAUAAAUGAAAGAGAGAUUUGCCAAUGAAUCCUUGAACCUUUAAUGGGAUAUUUAAUCUCUGCAGUGCUCUACUGUAUCAAAGUACAAAAUUACUAAUGUGAUUUUGAUGAACUUAAAAUGAACUGCUGUGGGAUUCUUGAGAUUCCAAACCUUGUCAUAACUUCAAAAAUGUAUGGGUGGCCUCAGCACUAAUGUGGCAUUUUGGAUGUAAAGAUAUAUACCAAAUCAAAACAGCAAUAAGGAAAAAAAGACAGAGUUAACUAAAUAAGAUAUAAAUAUAAAAUGAAACGGUGGGAUAUACUAAAAAAAUAUGUAAAAACUGUUUAUUUCUUUUCGCCUUUUAUAAAGCCAAAAAAUUUCAAGAUGCUGAAUGUUGUCCUAGUAUACUAUAUACGAUAUCAAUUCAAAUUAUAUCUUUUGACAUAAUAAAGAAACAAGAGUGAAGCUAACUUUGUAUGGCACCUGAUACUGUUAAUGAAUUUAGCUAUCAGUACAAAUUUCAGGUUAAGUGUUAUACGCAGAAUAGGUAUUUUUGUGAUUUGGGUGAUAUCUGUUCGACUGUCAAAAAUGUAAUACAGUUUAAAAUUAUUUUUGGAAAUAAACAUGUAUGAAUUUCUAGAAGUGGGUGUUUGAACUAUCCGACAAAUUCAUACAUGCAUUUACCAAAAAGAAAAA